UGCAACUUGGACAAAGGCAGGUUUGACACAGGAUUUGGCUUGUUGUAAGGCAGAAAAAAAGAUGAUGAAAAGCACAGCAGUUUUUGUGCUUUUGUGUAUGAUAACAUACUGCUUUGCUCAUCUAGAUGGAAAUUUUUUGAUCUACAAUGCACAUAAGAACAGAUGCCUGACGGACACCCUGCGAUGGUUAGAGCUGUGUAACCCUCUCAACAUAAAACAGCAGUUUCGCUGGACAUCUGAGGACCGAAUCUUUAAUGUUGCCCUGAAGAAAUGCCUUGGCGUAGGGGCCAAGAAGGAGGGCAAUAAACUGCAGUGGUACAUCUGCAAUGCUAGACAUAGCCUCCAAAAGUGGGAAUGCAAGAACAAUUCACAGUUUAGCCUGAAGAAUGAAUCACUGUACUUGUCCCUUGAGGGAGAAUCUAAUGCUCUAACACUAUCCAGAAAGCAGGAAGACAAGAGCCAGUGGACAAUACAUGGAACAACAGACAACAUUUGCUCUCAACCAUAUGAAGAAUUAUAUUCACUUAGAGGAAAUGGCUUUGGACGUCCAUGCGCUUUCCCAUUCAGGUACAAAAAUAAAUGGUAUGCAGACUGCAUGAAAGAAGACUCCCAGCACCUGUGGUGUGCAACUGAAAGUAUAUAUGAAGAUAAUCAGAUCUGGGGUUAUUGCCCGACAGGUCAAAUAGAAAAUUUCUGGACCAAGAACCCUCUCACAGGGAGGUAUUAUCAGAUAAACAAAGAUUCUGCACUUACCUGGUAUCAGGCAAGGAAAAGCUGUCAGCAGCAGGGGGGGGAUCUGUCAAGCAUCACUGAGUCCCAUGAGCAAACCCUCAUAUCAGGUUUGAGUCAGGGGAAGGGUCCAGAAUUAUGGACAGGUUUAAACAGUUUAGAUUCCUCAAGUGGAUGGCACUGGAUCAAUGGACAACCUUUACGUUAUUUAAACUGGCUCACUGGGCAACCGUCUUUUCAACCAGACCGUAAUUGUGGAACGAUAAGUCAGCAAGAUGAUUCCAAAUGGUCCACUGAUGUUUGUAGUGCAAGACAUGGAUACGUCUGCCAAAAAUCCCUCUCCACUCCCACUAUUCCACCAGUGGUGCACACAGGUUCUUGCCCAAGACCAUGGAUACCUUAUUUAGGUCACUGCUACUUACUUAACCGUGCCAAAAAAACAUGGUCAGAGGCAAAAGACGCAUGUCGGCGUGAUGGUGGAGACCUGCUGAGCAUUCUCAGUAUUGAGGAACAAAGCUUUGCCAUCUCGCAACUUGGCUACUUAAAGACGGACGAGUUGUGGAUUGGCUUUAAUGACCUCAAGACUGCACAGUUAUUUGAGUGGAGUGACCAGUCUAGUGUCCCAUUCGUCUCAUGGGAGAAGAAUGAACCAAGCCACGAUGCUAACAAUAAAGAGGACUGCGUUUUAAUAAGAGGAGAGGAGGGCAAGUGGGCUGAUGAAAUCUGUAAAAAUAAGUAUGGAUUCAUCUGUAAGAAAGAUACCAAUUCAAGUCCAUCCACGAAUGAUACAGUUGUCACAAGUCCUGGCUGCAAGCCUGGUUGGACCAGAUAUGGGUACUACUGCUACUUCAUAGGAACCGAAACUAAAACCUUUGAAGAGGCCAAACAAAUGUGUGUGAAAACUGAAUCUUAUUUGGUGGACAUCACAAGCAGAGUUGAAAAUGCUUUCCUGGUCAGCUUGGUAGGUAUGCAACCAGAAAAGCACUUCUGGAUUGGGCUCUCUAAUAACAAGGAUCGGCAUAAUUUUGAGUGGACGAAUAGCAAAACGGUUUCGUACACUCACUUCAAUGCUGGAAUGCCAGGAGGGAAACAAGGCUGUGUCGCCAUUACCACAGGGACACUUGCUGGAUUGUGGGAUGUGCUAAGUUGUACUAACAAGGAAAAAUAUAUCUGUAAACAGAUGGCUGAGGGUUUUGUCACUACUCCAGCCCCCAUAACUACCCCUGCUCCCAACUGCAGCCAUGAAUGGUAUCCAAUUACAAACAGAGACUUCUGUUUCAAGCUAUUUGGAGUGGAAGAUGAAGAAAAGAAGACUUGGUCCGAAGCUCUCAAUUUCUGCCGGGAACUUGGUGGUGACCUGCUGAGUAUCCACAGUGAUUUUGAUUUGCUCCAAAAUGUCAAUACCUACACCUCAGGAGCAUGGAUUGGAUACAGUAUCCAGGAUCCCACUGUUGGUUAUGUAUGGAGUGAUGGAUCCUCUACAUCUUAUGUAAACUGGCAAGAAGAUGAACCAAACAAUUACAACAAUGUGGAAAACUGUGUCGAGAUAAAAUUUUGGUGGUAUGAAAGAAAAGGAGAAUGGAAUGAUGUGCAAUGUCAAGACAGAAAGGAUUGGUUUUGUGAGAUUCGAAAAGGAGUUACACCAAAUGAAGUGGAAAUUACAAAAAAAUCAUAUAAUAAAACAGAUGAUGGCUGGAUUAUAUACAAUGAUAAUCAGUAUUAUUUCAGUGAAUACAUGCAUGUCUCUAUGGAAGAAGCAAGAGGGUUCUGUAAACAUAGGCAUGGUGAUCUUGUGACCAUCAGUGAUGAGAAUGAAAGAAUAUUUGUGUGGCAUCAGGCAAACCGAUAUAUUGGUUUUUAUAUUGGCAUGAUAGUUGAUCUAGAUAAGUCUUUCACGUGGAUGGAUGGGUCUCCAGUUGUAUUCCAGGCAUGGCAAAAAAACCAGCCCUCUCUUCUGAACAAUGAGGAGCGUUGUGUACAGAUGACUUAUUCUCAAGGGCUCUGGGAGAGUAUAAAUUGUGGUGAACAACUCAAUUUUAUCUGUAAACGAAGUGGCUCUGUCAAAGUCAAUUCAACUGCUGCCCCCACUGAGGCCCCUAGAGGAGGCUGUGCUCCUGACUGGGUGAAGUUUCAAGGAAAGUGUUACAAAAUAGGACUGGAGCUGAAAACAUGGACAGAAGCCAGAUCAUACUGUAGACAUCUUGGAGGAGAUCUUGCUUCUAUUUUUAGCAGACUUCAGCAAGCCUUUCUAACCUUAUUGAUGGAUGAUCAUGACACUGAAGAUUUAUGGAUUGGCUUCAGUAACUUGGCAAACAGAGGAUUUAAAUGGACAGAUGGGACUGUCAUCCAUUAUACAGGCUGGGCCAAAGGACAACCAUCAUCAAGCGAAUAUGUGUGGAUGUGGGAACAUACGGAACCAUCUUGUGUUGCAAUGGGAAAUGUGCAAAGACCUGAGAGGGGCAAGUGGUUAACAAAAAACUGUAAUGAUACCAGUGGAUUUAUUUGCAGUCGUGCUAUUGAUCACUUUAUUGAACCAAGCCCAACAAAGUUAUCCACAACUUUCAUCCAGCUUGGAAAUGAUUCUUAUAUGGUCUUGCAAAAAAACUUGACCUGGAAUGAAGCAAAGAAACAGUGUGAGUUAGAGGGUGCACAUCUGGCUAGUAUUCGGGACUUGCGUGCUCAGUCUUACAUUGAGCUGCAGACCUCAAAACUUGGACAGCCCUUAUGGAUUGGUCUUAACAGCAAAGAGACAAAUGGGUACUUUUUAUGGAUUGAUAACUGGCAGCUGAAUAUGGAGAGGUGGGCCUACAGGGAACCAAGGAGGAGCCAACCCUGUGUUUAUGUGGAUGUGGAUGGACAAUGGAAAACUGCCUACUGCAAUCAAACUUCAUACAGCAUGUGUAAGAAAUCACCAGACAUUGCCCCAACUCCACCAGUGCAGUACCCUGGUGUGUGCCCUGACAUAAAUGAAGCUGAACCACACAUGACAUGGCUGCCUUUUCGAGGGCACUGCUAUGCAUUUGUGACUGAAAGCUAUUCAUGGAGCAGAGCUUCUCAGAUCUGUUUGUCAAGAGGUGCCAGUCUUGUCAGCAUUGAAGAUACAGAAGAGGCCAAGUUUAUAGAGUACUACAUCAGUUUUCUUGGGAAUGAUAAUACCAAGUUCUCAAUAGGCCUUUUUAAGACACAUUUAGACCACUGGCUGUGGCUGGACAGAAGUGUCGUGGACUACACUAAUUGGGAGCAAUCUGCAGAGGAUGAGGAGUAUAAUGAUUAUAACCAUGACUGUGCAUUUAUCUCCACCACAACUAAACAAUGGCAAAAACAACACUGCUUAUAUGAUCGUUCACCAUUCAUCUGCAAAACAGUCAAGGUUCCAAAGCCAACCACUUCAUCAAUUCAUUCUACAGGUGAGACUGUAACACAUAAGAGCCUUGCUGGUGUGAUUGUGGUUGUGGUGUUGGCAGUGCUGUUUGUGCUGGCUGGAUUGGCUUACAUCUACCACAGAAGAACCAGCAGUUGGGAUGCUGCACCUUCAUAUGAGAACCCAAUGUAUUACACUACAGAAGCCCCCAUGUCAGAGGACAAAGAUAACAAAAUAUUAGUGGACCACAUGGAGAAUAAUGAAUAAGUUUCAUAAAUGUGUUUUUAUUAGUUCUUUCUUAUAUUAAUCAUUUUAUUCUGUACAUUAAAUAUUAACUAGCCUGAA